CCUGAGGUAUCCAGGACUUAGUUGGUCCUGGUGGGCUACCUGAUUGAGGCAGGAGGAUAUCAAGUUUGAAAUCAGCCUGGGUUGAUUGAGACAUUGUCUCAAAAAGGGGCUAGUAGCUAGCUUAGCUAGAGACCUAAAGCCCUGGCUUUAAUUCCCAGUAAAGUUGAGUGACCAAGGAAACCUGUUUUUGUCUUUGUAGUGUGGGAAGGUGAGUGUGAAAGGGUGAUUAGAUGUUCUCUGUGAUUAAUAACCCAGUAAAGGGCUGCCAUGCAUUAAACCUAACUGCAAAGCCUUAUAACAGACACAACUUUGGGUCACUGGGCAGGCUAGAAAUUCUUGGAGAUACUAAAAUAAGAAUAGCUGGCUAAGCGGUGGUGGGGCCUGCUUUUAAUCCCAGCACUCGGGAGGCAGAAGCAGGUGGAUCUCUGAGAAUCAAGGCCAGCCUGGUCUACAGAGUGAGUUCCAGGACAGCCAGGGCUGUUGUACAGAGAGACCUUGUCUCGAAAAACCAGAAAAGGAAGAAAAACAAAGCAAAACUGAAUGUGACAGUGUACACUUUUAAUUCAGCUACUUGGAAGACUGAAGCAGGAUUGUUGUAAAUCGAGACCAGUGUGAAGUUCUCAGAAAAGCCUUUUAUGCCAGCCAUGUUGGCUUACACCUUUAAUGCUAGCAUUUGGAAGUCAGAAGCAGGCAGGUGAAUCUCUUGAGUUUGAAGCUAGCUUGGUCUAUAUAGUGAGUUUGAGACCAGAUGGGGCUACAUAAAUGUGAGAUCCUUAGAACUAAGGGGAAAAAGAUCACUUAUGUGUUAAGGUUCUACAUGACCAAUUAGGAAUUUGUGAUUGUGGGUAGCUGUACAUUGUAGAUGCAAAAUUAUCCAUUAGUCCUUAAUAACCAUUUAUUGCUCACAUCUGUGUCUGAUCUAAUGUUAUUUGGGGCAACCUGAGUCAGAGUUCCUGGGCCAUUGUCAUUCAACCCAAAAAUAAACUUAAUCUCUUGGAGCUUAAUUGAUGAAGUGCUUGCUGGUCACGGUUGAAAACCUAAGUUAGGAUUUCCAACACCACAUAAAUGUUGGGGACAGGAGAGCAUAUCUAACUCCAGAGCUGAGGAACAGAAAUGGAUGUAUCCCUAAAACUCACCCUUUGAGCCAGCAUAGCUGAAAUGAGUAUUAGUGACAGACCUGUUUCAAGAUAAAUGGUGGGGAGCAAGAGAAUUGACUCAGCACAUAACGGCAUUUGCUGCCUGGUGACCUAAGUUUGAUUCCCUCUAGAACCCACCUAAAGGUGAAGGAGAACUGCCUCCACAGAGUUGUUCUCUGGCCAGUACAUGUAUGCUGUGGCACGUAGAAGCACACACCUCACAAAAUUCAGGACAACAAAAAACUAAGAUGUGGGCUGUUGAGAUGAUUCAGAAGCUAAGCACACUGGCUGUUCUUCCAGAGGUCCUGAGUUCAAUUCCCAGCAACCACAUGGUGGCUCACAGCCAUUUGUAAUGAGAUCUGGUGCCCUCUUCUGGCCUGCAGUCAUACAUGCAGACAGAGAACUGUGCAAAAUAAAUCUUAAAAAAAAAACAAAAACAAAAACACUAAGGUGUAGAUUGAAGAAGACACCCUUCCUCUUUCGACCUCAGGCUUCUGAAUGCAUGCAAAGCACAAACUCCCCGGGCUGGGCUGGAGUGGUUGAUAGUCCAGUGGUUAAGAGCACUUUCGGCAAGGUGUGGAGCAUGCCUUCAACUGCGGCACUCGGGAAGCAGAGGCAGACGGAUCACUGAAUUCGAGGCAAUCCCGGGUUACAUGGUGAGACCAAGUCUAAAAGCACUUGGUCUUGCAGAAGACCUAAGGUGCGUUUCCGGCACCCACACCAGGCGGUUGUCGCCCUGUAUCCCCAGCUUUAAGGGAUCCCAAACACAUAAAAGUAAAAAUAAAUCCUUAAAAGCAACAAAAGACUUCCUUUGAGAUGACAGUCGCACAACCAAAAGAAGUGACCCACUUGCGAUUUAGACAUCCGGUUUCCGUGCUAGUAUCCCGGCUUCUGACGUCACCUAAAAAGCGCCGGAAAUGACCUCGCGCUGCCUAGGAAACAGGACGCUGCCCAGUGGUAGCCAAACCUGGGACAGCCGCACCCACCCUGUCGCCAUGGAGCUUCCCUCAGGGCGGUGCGGGGAUCCUCGCUCUUGUGACGAAGAGUCGGACCCCGAGCCAGACCCGGACCCUGACGCUCAGGCUGAGGCCUACGUAGCCCGUGUGCUUACCCCACCCAAACCUGGCCUGACCCCGCGGCGCUCGUCGCUGCAGUCCACGCUCUCCGCGUCCCUGGGCGCGCCCGAGCGAAAGGCUGCCUCCAGAGUCCCGGCCGUGCGCCUGCCGGGCCUGCUGAGCCUUCCCCCGGAGCUGCUGCUGGAGAUCUGCGCCUACCUGGAUGCGCGGGUCGUGCUCCAUGUCCUGCCGUGCGUGUGCCAAGCACUGCACGACCUUGUGCGUGAUCAUGUCACCUGGAGGCUACGCGCUCAGCGCCGCGUACGCGCACCCUACCCAGUGGUGGAAGAGGAGGACUUUGACUGGCCAGCCGCCUGCAUCGAGCUGGAGCAGCAUCUGGCCCGCUGGGCAGAGGAUGGACAGCGAACUGAGUACUUCUGCCUGGCUGAUGGUCACUUUGCUUCCAUUGAUGCAGUGUUGCUGCUGCAGGGUGGGGCACUGUGUCUGUCAGGUUCCCGAGAUCGCAAUGUCAACCUGUGGGACCUACGACAUCUAGGAAAGGAGCCUAGCCGAGUUCUGGUGAAGGCCUUGGGCACCCAGGGCAACAGCACACACAAGGGCUGGGUGUGGUCGCUAGCAGCACAGGAUCACCAUGUGUGCUCCGGCUCUUGGGACAGCACUGUGAAGCUGUGGGACAUGGCAGCUGAUGGGCAGCAGUUUGGCGAGAUCAAGGGCAAGGCGGCAGUGCUGUGCCUCUCCUACCAACCUGACAUCCUGGUGACUGGCACCUAUGACAAGAAGGUGACCAUCUAUGAUCCCAGAGCCGGCUUGGCCCUGGUGAAGAGCCGCAGGCUGCACUCGAGCGCUGUGCUGGCAGUGUUGGCAGAUGACAGGCACAUCAUCUCAGGCAGUGAGGACCACAGUCUUGUGGUGUUUGAUCGCCGAGCCAACAGCGUCCUGCAGCGGCUGCAGUCCUUUGACGUGGGUCACCAGUCUCAGGUCACAGGGAUCAAACACUCGCUGGGGACUUUGUACACAACAUCUACUGACAAGACCAUUCGGGUUCACGUGCCCACAGACCCACCCAGGACCAUCUGUACCAGAAGCCACCACAAUGUGUUGAAUGGGAUCUGCGCUGAGGGUAACGUGGUGGUGGCUGCCUCCGGUGGACUGUCACUGGAGGUCUGGAGGCUGCUGGCCUAAACAGCAGGACAUGGCCGUGGACGGCUGUUGGUAUAUCUAUACUGCCUGCUGAGGCUGCCCUGAGCCUCAGCUCUGGAGGACCUUCCUGCUAUUGGUGCUGCUUCUGCCCUGCUCCAUGGGCCUGGGGCACAGGAAGACCUAGGGCUGGGCCCACACCUGUGCCUGUGGAGGUGACAUUCUAGUUUUAGCCACCCAGGGGCCUAUUCCCUACCUUCCACCCCUGGAUUGUUUUGUUUUGUUCAUUGAGACAGGGUCUCAUGUAACCCAGACUGGCCUCAUACCCACUAUGUUUUUGAGGCAGGUCUUGAAGCCUGAUCCUCCUGCCUAAAUCUCCACGUGUUUGGAUAACAGGCUCACCCCCAUGCCCGGAUGAUCCCUGUUUUGUCAGGAUUUGGGUGCCUCUCUCCCACAGGAAAGUGAAGGAGAAAUAAACGACCCACUGUGCAGUUGUUGGGAA